AUGAACUUAAAACAUAAAUUUUGUGCAGAGGCCUACGGAACCUUUUUACUUACCUUCGUAAUAGUGGCAAAAGACUAUGAAGCAACCUUAAUUGGUCCCGCAUUCUGAAUGUGUGUUCAAGGCACGAAUAUGAUUCAUUCUUUUCAUUUUAACCCAUGCGUUCAAAUUGCCUCUCUACUGCACAAAAAAGGAACCCAUAAUCUUAUUCUAAAGGAUAAAAAAUUCCUCCUAUGGUCUUUACUAGCUCAAAUAAUUGGCGCAAUACCAGGAGUCUUUGCAGCAUGGUGGAUUUAUGACUCAGAUUUUUAUUUCAAGACUGGUGAUGACUAUAAUGAUGCUCAGAAAUUUUUUGCUGAAUUAAUUUUCUGUAUCCAUAUUAUUCUCUGUCCAUUGGGUUUAACCUAUUGGCCUCAUAAUAAACUAAUUGGAAGCUUGGUGGUGUCAGGGGGAAUUACGGCUGGGAUCAUCACAGUAGGACAUAUUUCUGGCGCUUGCUUUAACCCUACCAUUUGCUUUACAGUCAAUAUUAUCCAAGGAAUUAGAACUGGAGACUCAGAACACUUUGAAUAUCUCUGGAUUUAUUUUAUUGCUCCUGUGAUUGCAAUGCUAAUAGCAGCUGGACUGGCAUGCAUUAUACAUUUCCCAACUGAGCCAGAAAAGCCGAUAUUGCAUGAGGGAAUUGCUGGUCGAAAUAACGGAGUACCAAAGCAUGAGGUCAUAGAAACAGUUCACAGUAUAGAUCUCCAAGUCACAAAAAGAGUUUAA